GCGACAAAUUUUAUAAGAUUUUCGGACUCGAACGUAAGCGAAUCGCUGCCCUAAUCCCGGCAAGAAAUGUCUCUGGUGCCUACCACAUAUCGCGAUUUGUCACGCGAAUUGGAUCGACCCCGUCCGCUCUACCAUCCACCGUAUGAUUUCCAACUCUAUCCGUAUUUGUGGGACGAUUCGCGUCUCUGGUGGCCAUCUGCGCACACCAGCAGGAGUGACUUACUCCGACCUCUGGAUGAACUGGUGUCGCGUCGAGUGCGCAAUCAGUUGAUCCAGUCAACGCCCUAUGAGUGGGCACAUCCAAUGCGAUGGGACAACUACUACUCCGGAGAGCGUGUCCAUGUGGAUGAGAAGGGAUUCCGGAUUGACAUCGAUGUGCGACAGUUUCAUCCACACGACAUUGUGGUCAAAACCAAUGACGACUAUGUCAUCGUCCAGGGAAAUCACAAUCGUCGCGACGAGGGCGCCAAUGGCCUGGUGGAGCGUCACUUUGUGAGGAAGUACCUCCUGCCCCGCGGAUACAAUGCCAAUGAGGUGAUCUCGGACAUAUCCAGCGAUGGCAUCCUCACCAUCAAGGCACCACCACCACCGCCAGCCAAGUACUACACACCCGGAGAGAGAUUGGUACGCGUCCAUGAAACCGGAAAGCUGGCCCUGCCCUGGAAAUAGUGCACCAGUGCACCAUCUAUCAAAAAUCGGGAAGGCAAACAGUGGAUGUGUUUACCAAACCAAAAUCCCUCCCAUCGAAUGCGCCUAACUCAAGGUGAACUAUUUUCGGACAGCAAGUAGUAUAUAAAAUGCGCAAUAAAUAUUUGAUAGAA